AUGGCUGAGGAGAAAAAACAUCAAGCACAGAAAUGCUGGGGAAUCAGAUGGCAAGUACUGUUUCUAUUUUUAUUGACUUGGCUGUGUCAUUUAGUGACUGGUCAGCUCCAAUAUUCAAUAUUUGAAGAAAUCAGAAAAGACUCAGUUAUAACAAAUAUCGCAAAAGACAUUGGAAUAGAUGUAAAGGAGUUUUCAUUUAGAAAACCUCGAAUUGUAUCACGUGUUUCAGAGAAAUAUUUUGCUGUAAAUUUAGAGAAUGGAAAUUUAUACGUAAAAGACAGGAUAGAUAGGGAAACAUUGUGUGGAGCAGUAGAUUCUUGUGAUCUAACAUUUGAUUUAAUGAUUGCUAAUCCCUUAAAGGUUUUCAAUGUCAGAAUUGAAAUUCUGGAUGUAAAUGACAACCCACCUAUAUUUUUUCAUGAUCCUGUCAUGUUAGAAAUUUCUGAAUCAAGUAUGGCUGGAGUACAUUUUUAUUUACAGCAUGCAGAGGAUCCAGAUAGUGGCAGUAAUUCUGUGCAAUCUUACAAACUAAAGGACAGUCAGCAUUUUACCUUGAGUGAAAGGACAAAUGGAGAUGGUAGUAAAUUCCCAGAACUUGUACUAGAAAAAUCUUUGGACAGAGAGGCACAGAGUAUUUAUGAUUUAAUUUUAACAGCAUUGGAUGGAGGGAACCCAGCUAAAACUGGCACUGCCUUAAUUAAGAUUAUUGUUACUGAUGCCAAUGAUAAUAUUCCUAUAUUUAAUGAAGAGGUAUAUAAAGUGAGUAUUAGUGAACAUACUCCAGUCAAUUCUACAGUAGUUUAUGUAAUUGCAAGUGACAAAGAUGAAGGUUCCAAUGGACAAAUCACAUAUUCAUUUAGCAAAACUGCAGGAAAUUCUCUUUAUAUAGGUAUUUUUAGUAUUGAUCCUGUAAAUGGAGAAAUUAAAACUAAAGAAUCCUUGGAUUUUGAGAAGGCAAAAACCUAUGAGUUGUCCAUUCAAGCAAAAGAUGGUGGUGGGCUAGUUACCCACUCAAGGGUUUUAAUUGAGAUAAUUGAUGAAAAUGACAAUGCACCUGAAAUCUCAGUUAUGUCAAUAUCUACUCCAAUUGCAGAAGAUUCUGUGGUUGGCACAGUGAUAGCAAUAAUUGAAGUUCAUGAUCAAGAUUCUGGUGAAAAUGGAGAAGUUACAUGUGACAUAGUAGAAACAGAAACUUUUAUAUUAAAAAUGUCAUCUGGAAGCUUUUACAGAAUUGUUACAGAAUCUAGCAUGGACCGAGAGAAAAUAGCAAGUUAUAAUAUCACAAUUCUAGCAAAUGACAAAGGAUCUCCUCCACUUUCUAAUAGAAAAGUAAUCACAUUGGAUAUAUUAGAUGUGAAUGACAAUCCACCAAUAUUUACAAAAUCCACUUAUGUUUCCUAUGUGCCAGAAAACAAUUUGCCAGGAGCCUCAAUAUAUAAAAUACAAGCAUCUGAUCUUGAUAUAGGAGAAAAUGCUAAAGUCAGAUAUUCACUUAACAAUACAAAGGCACAAUACUUUUCUGUAUCUUCUUUUCUUUCCAUUAAUAUUGAGACUGGUGUUCUUUAUGCACAGAGGUCUUUUGAUUAUGAGCAACACAAGGAAUUUCAAGUCCUAAUAAUGGCACAAGACAAUGGAUCACCGUCUCUCAGCAGCAACACAACAUUAAUUAUCUACAUAGUAGAUCAGAAUGAUAAUGUACCACAAAUUCUGUACCCAUCAAAAGAAAAUGAUGGUUCAGCAUUGUUUGAGAUGGUGUCUUUGUCCUCUGAAAAAGGAACCUUGAUAACAAAGGUGGUUGCAAUGGAUGCAGACUCUGGGCACAAUGCUUGGUUAUCUUAUCAUUUCAUACAGGUAUCAGAACUGUGUCCAUUUAGCAUUAAUCAGCAAACUGGUGAAAUCAGAACCUCUCGUAUCUUUCAAGAGAAGGAUGCACUGAAACAUCAAAUUGUGGUGUUAGUGAAGGACAGCGGAGAGCCUUCUUUAUCAACAACAGUUUCUUUAAGCUUGUUCAUUGCAAAUAACAUGCAGCAAGUACUUCCAAAACUUAGUCCUAAAAUAAUAGAUGAGGAUCCACAAUCAAAUUUACAAAUGUACUUAGUAAUAGCCUUAGCAGUGAUAUCUUUUUUAUUUUUGGUAACUGUUGUGUUUGCUUUAAUAUCAAAAUAUAAGGAAUCAAGGACCUCACCAUCAUUUGGGUCUUUGAGUACAAAUCUGUAUUCUCAUGUUGACCCUAGAAUGCUUUCAAAGUAUAACAGUGGCACAUUAACACUGCCACAUGCAUACAAUGUUUGUGUGGCUUUGGAUUCAAGUGAAAAUGACUUUACUUUCCUAAAGCCUAUUCAAAAUGUUCCAGUAGAAAAUCUCAUUGACGCAGAUGAAUCAGCACAUGGAAAUGAUAAAGAAAGUGUAACGUCUAGAAGUGUUAUAGAGGUGAGUGCUAAUAUUCCAUUAUAUACUUUAAAACAUUUUAUACAAUUUGUACUUCAUGGAUUUCAGUUUCUGAGAUUUUGGUCGAAUUUAAGUGAGUCACUUGUGUGA